AGUAGAUCAUAUCUGUAAAGUCAUGUGACUCAUCACAGCAUCAGAAUAGACAAGAAUUCACUGUGAGCUUCACAUCUCAUUACAGCUAAUGGACCAAUCAAAUCAGUCCACAGCUUCAAAACAUCCAAUCAGGCGUGAGUCUGGACCUGGUUUUCUACUGAACACACAAGUUCAUUACCUCACUAUCACUUUGUCUAAACAGGAACGAUGAUCACACUCUUUGUGGCUCUUUACUCUCUGCUUUGUCUCUGCACAACUGGAAACACUUCUGACAUCAAGGAGCUUCAUGUGAAAACAGUAAAGCCUGGAGAAGCUGUAACUAUGGAGUGUACCGUCAAAAGCAGAAGUAAUUUAGCUUGGUACAGACAGAGUUUUCGAAAAGUGCCUCAGUUUUUGGUGAGACCGUACAGUAACACUCAGGGCUACAUGUUUCCUGAGGGAUUUAAUGAUAGCCGCUUCAGUGUUACUGUAAAGGACCAAAAGUUUGAUCUCAACAUUAUUAAAAUAAGAGAAGAUGAUGAAGGAGAAUAUUUCUGUGGAUAUGUGGAGGGAAAUAUACUAAAGUUCACAUCUGGAACACGUCUGCAGUUUAAAGGUGAAGAGAUGAAACCCUGUCCUACACCUGGAACACUUAACAAGAACACACACUCUGUUACACACCAGGGUUCGAACAGCAGUGCUGGAGAAGGUGAAGAGAUGAAACCCUGUUCUACACCUGGAACACUUAACAAGAACACAACCUCUGUUACACACCAGGGUUCAAACAGCAAUUCCACAAAUUACAAUUGGAAUAUUGUCUUAAUCGUCUCCAAUAUAUUAUCUGUUAUUGUAAUUGUGGCUCUGGUUGGAGUUUUGUUUAAACAUCAAAGAAAAGGUUCUUCAUCAAACAACCAUCAAACUUCCACCAAUCAGGCUGAUGAUGAAGAUGUCUUGAACUAUGCAGUUGUAAAUUUUGCUAAGAAACCUUCAUCCUCCAGAACAUCCAGAGACACGAGCCAUCAAGAUAUUUAUUCACAAGUUAAAACACAUUAG